AUGCACCCCAUGGAUGAGUCGGAUACACCAAAUACACCACAGAAUCCUCCUUGUGGUGCUGAUCUUUCUCUACGAAUGAUCAACCGAGGAGGUUAUUCCCUCCAACAGAAUCACAUACAGAGUGCUCUAAAGCUCUCUCGCCUGGGAAAUUCGCACCAAAAUUACCUCGACAGCUUGAUGAGGCCCCAUAAGCACAUUAGAGUGACGGAAUUUAUGUUUGAGCCGUCCUUUACAGAGACCUACACAGCGAGGCCUAGAAUUAUUAAUGGCCGAUUCAUCCUGCGAAGAGAGUGGGUGAUUACAGAUGAGUGUAGUGUCAUGAGACCUCUCUUCGAUCACAUCACCAUCCCCGGCUGCCCACACUUGAAUGUCUUUGGCAAGGGGAUCAUGCACUCCAAAUGGUGGAAACGGACGGCAGCCAGAUGGGCUCAGGGGGGCAACCCCAGGCUCAGAGCAAAUAUCCACCUUGAGCAGGCGAUAGAAAACGCGAUAAUAUACGAAGGGUGUGGCGUUAUCUGUUCUUGUCCACGGUGCCCGACGGACUACGAAGUCAAAGUCUCUAGGGAUAUGCGGACGGCGACGAUCCGGGCCUGGCACGACUUUGGCGGAGAGGGUGCGCCCGUGGACACUGGUUGGGACGCACAUGUAAAGACUCCUGGUGUAUUGGAUUGGGUUUACGAAGAGCUGCGGUUUGGUCAUGUUCCAGGUAGCAUUGAGAGGUUGUGGGUGUAUACCCAUGAAGAAUCAGAACUGGCAAGUCAGCAGAGGGCGUCUGGAGAGGUCAACUCAUGA